CACUGACAGUUCAAGGCACACUGUUCUGAAGUGUUAAGCACGUGUGUUGAUCUUGGCGGUGAAGUGUGAUUGUGUCAUUAAUUUCUCGACCGGUGGAUUUAUUUAUAAGUGAAUGCAAUGGAUAUAAGUUUUCAUCAUGUUUCGGAAUUUUCGCCGGAUAAUAAAUUAUUUGCGUUAAUCGACGAUCAGGGCGUACUAAAAAUAUGGGACACCGAAACGAACGAGCUGAAGCAGGAAUACACCCCAAACCUGCAUCUUUCUGCUCCGUGCACUUGCUUGACAUGGGUUACUGUGUCACAGAAGAGGAAAAAGGCUAAAACAAAGGAAGGUGGCAGAUUUUCUAGUGGCGAAGCUGGUGGCAAUACCCUAUACCUUGCCAUGGGUACCAGUAAAGGGGGUGUCGUCAUAUAUUCGUUCGCUUCAAGCAAGCUUGAACGCAACUUAAAAGGAGAAGGUCAUACUGCUCGAUGCACUAACAUCGCUUACGACAAUGCAAAUCAUCUAUAUACAUGUGGAGAAGACGGACAAAUAUUGGUUUGGGAUGUGUCCGAAGAAAGACAAAUCGACGGCUGGUCCGUUGGUAAUGAAAAACUUUAUAGUAUCGCGGCAUUUCCCGAAUCACAUUCGGUUGUUGUCGGUGGAAGACAACUGAAGCUUUAUACAGCUGGAACACAUGAACUUCGUCAGGUCUUCACAGGCCACACUUCAGAUGUGACAUUCUUGAAGCACUUCACGUAUGAUGAUAAGGAUUAUGUUUUGUCUACAUCAAAGAUGGAACGGAUAUUGUGCUUAUGGACGGUUACUGCUCGUAGCAAAAACAAAAGCCCAUCGUGUACAUUCCUAAUGGAAAAUAUUGCUUAUUGUAUCAGUUGCAAAGUUGAUACCGACGGCAAUUUACAGCUAGCGGCGGUGACAAGGAGUGGGGUGGUGCAUUUCUAUGUGAAUGCAUUAGAUCGUUUGAAGCCAGACAAACCAAUCAAGCCUAAAGUCACCAUACAAAUAGCUUCUGAUGGGACUGAGCACAUUGCCCCUAUUCACGCGAUUGCGGCGUUCAUUGAUCAGACUGCAAAGGGCAACAAAAUUCUACUAGGCUAUGGAGAUAAACAGUUUCUACGCUUUGAGUAUGUGGAGCCCAACUCCGCAGAAAAAGUACAAGUUCUCAUACGAACAGAUCCAAAAUCACUAUCAUCGAAGCAUCAUAAAAAAGAGCUCGAAAAUUCUCUGAAACUUGUUACGCCCACCGUCAACACAAAUGACGUUGAAUAUAAAUCAGCAACAAUCAAUCGGAAACAGAAGAAACCUGUACAAAUCCCUAUGGAAACUCGAUUACAAAACUUGAAUUUAGCAAACGGAGAUACACCGACAGCAAAGAGUAAAGUUCAUUUACUCAUUCAGGCAUUGCAUAGCAAAGAUGCAAAUCUUCUGAAGAUCGUACUAUCUACGAGUGACCCUAAAGUAAUUCAACCGACACUUCAAAAGUUACCUAUUCAAUAUGUUGCAGUCCUUGUAGAUGAAUUGACACAAUUGAUGCAAAGUAAAAGAUCAAAUGUUCAAUGUGCUGCAAAUUGGUUGAAAUUUUUAGUAAGAAUACAUGCAAGUCAGUUAAUGGCACUUGGAGCAGAUGAUUUAUUAACGAAAUUCGGACCAUGUUUGGGAAUAAUUGAGCAUAGAAUGAAUUGCUUACAGGAGAUAUCGAAAUUGUCCGGACGUCUUGAUUUGCUUAUAAAUCAAAUUCAGAGGAAUACAGAGGAAGACGCUAUCGACAAUGAAAAUGUAUUAAUUUACAAAGAUGAAGAUUCAGCCAACUCUGAAAUCGAAGAUGAGCAAAGCAGUUCAGAUGAGCAAUGGGCUGAAGAUGAUUCUGAAGAAGAAAUGGAUGUUAAUUAGUUUUUUUUAUAGAAAAUAGUGAAAUAAAUAUAUUUUUUAAAACCAGA